AGAGCACGAGCGAUUCAGAGAGUUCAGACUUCUACUAGAAACAGAGGAACACGCGCGCUCCCGAUUCGGAAAGGUUAGCGCAGGAAGACUGCCGCAGAGGAGAUGGCGGGCGAGAUGAGCUGGGUGGGCAAGAAGAUCCACCUCUAUAACGUCACCAUGGGCCUCUACAUGCUCGAUUGGUGGGAGCGGUGCCUGUUCAACAUAUUGGUGCUGAUCCUGCUCUGGUUCGUCUGCUUGAAUGGCUCACGCUUCGCCACUGACGUCUUCGAGAGCCACCUGAAGGCGCGGAUUCUCCAAGGCGCAAAUUACGGCAUGGGAAUUGGCAUGCCUUCCUCCUAAGCCUUAGUGAAAAACGCUGAAGCAGUUUAAAUCUUCUGGUUUUGAAAUCUGAAUGGCUUCAAGUAAUUUAGUACUGUAAUUGUGUGUACGAGAUAGUUCCGAAAUGUAAGAUGCUUAAAGUUCUGAUUGUUUUGUUAUUCUUGUACCAUGUGUGGUUAUAAUUUUGACUGCACGCAUCACACUGAGUUCAUACUGUAAAAUCAUUUUGAUCAGUAUAAUAUGUUUUGUUACUCUUGUA